AUGGGCAACUCGUGUGCACUUACUGUUGUAAGAAUUAUUGUUGUUGUUGCAGGAGGAUCAAACCAGGGAUCCGACGACGCGGUGCAGGCAUCCUACAACUACAAGUGGACAAUCGAUGGUUUCUCCUCGCUUCUUGACAGGGGUACAGGCUGGACCUACUCAAAUGUGUUCCACAUGCGGGGGCUUAACUGGCACUUGAAACUGAAGCCAAGGGACACAAAGAGUGGCGACCCAAAUGAAUAUGUUUCUCUUCGGCUUCAGCUGACCAGAGAUUCUGUGAGGUCUGGCAGGGUCGUGAAGACAACUUUUAAGUUCUUGAUAUAUGACCAGUUAUAUGGAAAACACCAUCAACACCAAGUUAGCCACGAUUUCCAGAGUAAAAGCAGAACCUCUGGGACCUCAUGCAUGAUUCCUCUCGCGGCACUGAAGGAAAAAUCCUCUGGAUUUCUUGUCAACAAUAGCUGUGUUUUCUGUGUCGAUUUCAUCUCAGUUAACAUUGCUAAAGCUAAGGGUGCGUCAGAGAAUCUGUUUGUUCAGAAGAUGAACAACAUCUGCAGUAAACCCGAAGUCUACACCUGGAACAUUGAGGACUUCUUUGCAUUGGAGAAUCCGAGCUUCUCUCCAGAGUUUGAGCUCAGUGGACACAAAUGGUCCAUCAAGAUCUAUCCAUCUGGAGAUGAUAUGAAUGGGAACUACCUCUCCUUGUACCUGGUCAUGAAGGUGCCGGAUACACUCCACAAGAACUCUGCAAAACUGAUAGAAAGUAGCAUGUCCAUCAAAAACCUUGGAACUGGCAAGGACUUCACCACAGGAAAAGGUCGGGAGGAGUACUCGAAGAAUUUCGACAGUUGGGGAUGGGACAAGUUCAUAUCGCUGGAAGAUUUCAUAGACCCGGCAAAUGGUUAUCUAGUGAAAGCAAAGUGCUGCAUUGAAGUUGAGCUUGCUGUCAUUGGUUCCUCCAGGAUGAAGUAG